UACAACUCCAGUGAAACAGAUUUCCAGAGACUGAAUUCAUCUUGCUUAGGAACUCCUCAGUGAUGGAGCUGCUAAGGAGUCAACCUCACCUCUCCAGGGCACUCCUGCUGGUGGUGGUAUCAAACUUGCUGCUGUGGCAGAAAGCUUCAUCAAUUCCUGCAUGUGUGCAGGAAAAGGGAGGCUGCUGGAACCCACUAGAGGAAACAUUUAACAGUGCCAUCCAGAAAGCUGAAACCCUCCGUAAUCUUGCUAACAAAUUGAAUGAAGAGCUUUACAGCAACCAAUUCUCAUCUGGAAAAUUUUCAGCUCUUACAUCACGACUCAUUAGGCGGGAUGAGAUUGUUUUCAGAGCUGCAUCUUACUGCCAUUCUAGUCUCACAAAUCCCCCAAAUGGGGGAAUUCAAUACAUAACUAUUGAAGUCAAAGAGUAUGUAAAAACUUUGAUCAAUUAUGUGGGUUCCUGGAUCAGCCCUCUAUUCCAUCUAGUGAUUGAACUGAGUGCCAUGCAAGAUGUCCCUGAAACGAUCCUCUCAAAAGCCAAGGAGAUCGAAGCAAACAACGGAGAACUCCUGGGUGACCUUAGGUGGAUACGCGAUGAGGUCUAUCCUACAGCAGAGAAGAUGGAAAAUUUUCCCAGCUGGGAAUUUCUUUCAUUCUUAAAAUCAAGUGGCAAAGAUUCUAAAUUUUUGGCAUUGUUUAACCUUGCCCACUGCCUAAAGUAUGAUACACAGUUCAUUUUAUUUCAUCUCAGGAUAUCAAAGUGUCGUAUAACUGGAAAAGAUUGCUAAGUGCACAUUUACCAUCUCUGCUUUGGAGAUGCUCCACAUCAGUUUGUUGCUGAGCUGUUAGUUUUAACUGUAAACAUUUUAAAUGCAUGUGUAGUUGUAAUGGUUCUCUUUAAAAAAAAUAAAAACAUUUUCUUUUAGAAAUG